AAAUACUCAGUGUAUUCUUUGUUAUUAAAUCAAAAACAACUAAAAUGCGAGGAAGUAAUUUUGCUAGUGGAAUGCCGUUGCUACUUUUUUGCUUGUGCUUCUUUUACCACUUGGCUUAUGCCAUUCCACAGAGAGCCAAUGUGAGUAUGCCGAAUUCUUAUGAGGCAGAUGUAGAGCUGGACCAGCAGGAGAUGCCUUCUUUACGUAUUGUAGGUGGUCAAAACGCCGCAGAGGGUCAAUUUCCUUUUCAAGUGUCGCUGGAAGACAACGAAAGUGGCCUGCACGUCUGUGGUGGAUCGAUAAUCUCGGCCACUUAUGUGGUAACAGCAGCCCACUGUGUGACCAAUGAGCAAGGCGUUGUAUACCCCGUUACGAAAAUUAUAGUGCGUGCUGGCACCACUCAGAUUCGCAAAGAUAGUGUCGUCGUCGGUAUCACGCAGAUCACGCCACAUCCGCAAUACCUCAACCCAAAAAACAAUGACAUUGCACUGUUGCGUCUUACAUGUCCACUCACUUUUAGCGAUCGCAUCAAGGCGAUACCCUUAGCCAGCGCUGAUCCCCCUACUAGUGCGGCGGUAAUCAUAUCGGGUUGGGGUCGUACAAGCACAGAUGGGCCACAGGCAACACAGUUACAAUACAACACGUUACGCCCUAUAACUAAUGCUGAAUGUCGAAAGUAUUUCAGCGAUGUACCACAAACGGUGCUCUGUUUAGCGCAUACUGCUGGAAAUAGUGCAGAUGGUGACGGCGGCGGUCCGGCUAUCUACAAUGGUAACCUGGUCGGUGUGGCGAACUUCAUUUUUUAUCAAUGUGGCUCAAAUAAGCCCGAUGGUUAUGCAAGUAUCUCAUCGUUCCGCAAUUGGUUGCGACAAAAUUCUGAUUAUUUAAGUAGCGUUUCGUCGCUAGAAAUACUCAGUGUAUUCUUCGUUAUUAAAUCAAAAACAACGAAAAUGCAAGGAACUAAUUGCGCUAGUGGAAUGCCGUUGCUAUUUUCUUGCUUGUGCUUCUUUUACCACUUGGCUUAUGCCAUUCCACAGAUAGCCAAUGUGAGUAUGUCGAAUUCUUAUGAGGCAGAUGUAGAGCUGGACCAGCAGGAGAUGCCUUCUUUACGUAUUGUAGGCGGUCAAAACGCCGCAGAGGGUCAAUUUCCUUUUCAAGUGUCGCUGCAAGACAACAGAAGUGGCCUGCACGUCUGUGGUGGAUCGAUCAUCUCGGCCACUUAUGUGGUAACAGCAGCCCACUGUGUGACCAACCAACGAGGCGUUGUAUACCCCGUCACGAAAUUGAUGGUGCGUGCUGGCACCACGCAGGCUUACAAAGAUGGUGUCAUCGUCGGUAUCGCGCAGAUCAGGCGACAUCCGCAAUACCUCAGCCCAAGCUCCAUAAAUGGUGACAUUGCACUGUUGCGUCUUACACGGCCACUCACCUUUAGUGAACGCAUCAAGUCGAUACCCUUAGCCAGGACUGAUCCACCUACUGGUGCGGCGGUAAUCAUAUCGGGUUGGGGUCGUACAAGCGCUGAUGGGCCACAGGCAACACAGUUACAAUACAACACGUUACGCCCUAUAACUAAUGCUGAAUGUCGAAAGUAUCUCAGCGAUGUACCACAAACGGUGCUCUGUUUAGCGCAUACUGCUGGAAAUGGUGCAUGCUAUGGUGACUCCGGCGGUCCAGCUAUCUACAACGGUAACCUGGUCGGUGUGGCGAACUUUAUUAUUUAUCGAUGUGGUUUAAGUGUGCCCGAUGGUUAUGCAAAGAUCUCAUCGUUCCGCAAUUGGUUACGACAAAAUUCUGAUGUGAAAUGAACCGGAGGAAGUCGAUAGGUUGGAAAUAUAAUGGAAUUUAUUGAAAUA